CGCGGGCGCCAACGCGUCGGGGCCGCCGGGCGCACGGAGUGCCUCGUCCCUCGCCCUGGCCGUCGCCAUCACCGCGCUCUACUCGGCCGUGUGCGCCGUGGGGCUGCUGGGCAACGUGCUCGUCAUGUUCGGCAUCGUCCGGUACACCAAGAUGAAGACAGCCACCAACAUCUACAUCUUCAACCUGGCCUUGGCUGACGCACUGGCCACCAGCACACUGCCCUUCCAGAGUGCCAAGUACCUGAUGGACACCUGGCCCUUUGGCGAACUGCUCUGCAAGGCUGUGCUCUCCAUUGAUUACUACAACAUGUUCACCAGCAUCUUCACACUCACCAUGAUGAGUGUUGACCGCUAUAUUGCUGUCUGCCACCCUGUCAAGGCCCUGGACUUCCGCACGCCCGCCAAGGCCAAGCUGAUCAAUAUCUGCAUCUGGGUCCUGGCCUCAGGCAUUGGCGUGCCCAUCAUGGUCAUGGCUGUAACCCGUCCCCGGGAUGGAGCGGUGGUGUGCACGCUCCAGUUCCCCAGCCCCAGCUGGUACUGGGACACGGUGACCAAGAUCUGCGUGUUCCUCUUCGCCUUCGUGGUGCCUAUCCUCAUCAUCACGGUGUGCUACGGCCUCAUGCUGCUGCGCCUGCGCAGUGUGCGCCUGCUCUCGGGCUCCAAGGAGAAGGACCGCAGCCUGCGGCGCAUCACGCGCAUGGUGCUGGUGGUGGUGGGCGCCUUCGUGGUGUGCUGGGCGCCCAUCCACAUCUUUGUCAUCGUCUGGACGCUGGUGGACAUCAACAGGCGCGACCCGCUGGUGGUGGCCGCGCUGCACCUGUGCAUCGCGCUGGGCUACGCCAACAGCAGCCUCAACCCCGUGCUCUACGCUUUCCUCGACGAGAACUUCAACGUCUGGCUGCACCCCAUGUGUCUGGUGUCAAUGAACUGGAACUGCUCCCAGCAGCACCUGACUUGGAAGGAACUGGAGGAAGGAGUUUUAUACCUGUGA